AACGCUGCUAAGCAACGGUACACACAGGGCGCCAACACACAAUUUGAGCCAGCUGUGAUUUCCAGCUAAUGCAUGUCGUUUUGGCUUGAUAUUUUGGCAGUAUACUAACAGCAGGUAAUCGAUUAUUUUCAACAAAGCAAUUCACGUUUCAAUGUAGGCGUACCUAUGUGCGACUCACUCGAUAACAUGGCUUGCUAGUUAGGCAUUUGACUCAAAUUUCCAAAAGCAGGCUUUUGGCUAGCUAACGUUACUGUACAGUAGCUAGAAUAGUUAACGUUAGGUAUUGUUAAAAGGCUAGUUAGGUCCAUCCAGCUUACUAGCUAGCUACUUUUUCCACAUUAAAGCUCUGCUUUGCCCUCUCUGUUUGACAGUGUCAAAAGCAAUAAUGUCCACAAGCAAGGAACAAGCAGCUAUCAGUAAAGUUAUGAGUUUCCUUCAAGAGUGGGAUCAUGGCAACAAGACGGUACGCAGCCGCAUGCUGACCGUUUUUCUGACUCAAAACACUGGAAAGACUUGCCCUGAGUUAGAACUGGAAUUCGCACAGGUUGCCAGUCUCUUUCUGGCUCGGCUCACCGCCUGGAUGAGGCUGACCUACAUGUUCGGAACAUGCUUAGGUCUUCAACUGAAAGCAGUUGGUGUGUUCCUCUCUGCAGCUAGCAAUCAUCGUUAUCUCAUAGAGUUCCUGGAGGUUGGAGGGGUCCUAACCCUCCUGGAGAUCUUAGGUCAGAAACAGACCAAGGAGGAGGACAAGGCAGAGGCCAUUUGGCUGCUUCAGAUAGUCUCCAACGCUGGACGCAAGUACAAAGAGCUAAUCUGCGAAAGCUAUGGUGUGAGAGCCAUUGCAGAGUGCCUGGCCAAGUCCAAGACAGAGGGGACCCAAGAGACAGCACGGGCCCUGCUGGAGUCCCUGGCCCAUGGAAACCCCAAAUACCAGAACCAGGUGUACAGAGGGCUGAUCGCCCUGCUGACCUGUACCUCGCCCAAGGCCCAGCAACUGGUCUUACAGACCCUCCGCAUAGUACAAGACAUAGUGAAGGAAGCCCACCCCAGCAUCGUGGGACCUCUGUUGAAUUUGUUGAGGUCCCUGCAUUUGGAGGUGCAAUAUGAGGCUAUCGAGCUGAUCACAGAUCUCAGGCAGUGUGAGGUCAGACCGGCGCUGCUCACAGGUCUCGUAGCGCUGCUCAAACCGGCUAUGGAGGGAGUGCAGACAUACAAGAUCCUGGAAGACCCAGAAAUGACCAAGAUGACUGAAUCCCUGCCUGUGUUUGUUCAACAAGCUGCGGCAGCCAAAGCUUUAAGGUUGCUUGCUCAGGGGAGUCAGGAGCUGUCCCAGGCACUACUUCCUCUCAGAGUGGUGCACCAUUUGAUGUAUGCUAUGGGAAACCAGGAGCAUGCUGACGCCCAGAGACAAGCCAGCCUGGCACUGGAGCAUUUUGUCCGUACAUACCCAGUGGUGGAGGAGCAUGUACGCAGAACCAUGGGUAUCAAUCUGUUUGCAGCCUUCAUGCACAAACCUGAGACUCUCUACAUGAAGAUGGAUGAAAUUCAAGCAGAUAUCCUGCUAUCAAAUAAAGUCAACAUUUCAGAAGUUCUGGAGCAGCAGAGCUCAGAAGACUGAAACAGACAAAGUACAGGCAUGCCAUUUUGUAUAAUAAUAGUUUACACUUUAUUUUCAUGUUACAGUAAAAUAAAUCAAUAAAAAUAGCAAAAAGUAUUAAGCCCAUAUUAUUGUUUUUGAACCGAUUGCUUAGCAACUGUAACCAUGAGAAAUGCCUUUCAAAUUAAGAGAAUAAGUGGUUUAGCCUGGGUACCAGUGUUUAUAGCUGACAUUCCACUUCUUACUUGCACUGCUGUCAUUUGCCAAAGAGACUUGUCUUUCUCCAAUCUUCAAAUAUGAACAUUCUAUCAUAAAUGAGCUCAAGGAGAUAUGGAUUUGGUCCUGAUUCCACAACGUUCAGUGCUAUCCGGAAUCAUUUGGACGUCCCUACCCUAAACCUUAACUCCUACCUUAACCAUAACCUAACCUUUACCUUAACCAUUUUAAAUUUCAAUUUUGGGUGUGUUCGUAAAUUAAAUCUGGAGUGCCAGAGUGCGCUUGUAAAUUCAGAGCGUUGUCAAGCGGUACCAGAGUGCCAAAUCUAGGACAAAAAGACUUCUCAACAGUUUUUACCCCCAAGCCAUAAGACUCCUGAACAGGUAAUCAAAUGGCUACCCGGACUAUUUGCAUGGUGCCCCCCCCACAAACCCAUCUUUUACGCUGCUGCUACUCGAUCAUAUAUGCAUAGUCACUUCAUCUAUACAUUCAUGUACAUACUACCUCAAUUGGGCCGACCAAACAGUUUUCCCGCACAUUGGCUAACCGGGCUAUCUGUAUUGUGUCACGCCACCCACCACCCGCCAACCCCUCUUUUACGCUACUGCUACUCUGUUUAUCAUAGUCACUUUAACCAUAUCUACAUGUACAUACUACCACAAUCAACCCGACUAACCGGUGUCUGUAUGUAGCCUCGCUACUUUUAAAGCCUCGCUACUGUAUAUAGCCUGUCUUUUUACUGUUGUUUUAUUUCUUUACCUACCUAUUGUCCACCAAAUACCUUUUUUGCACUAUUGGUAAGAAAGCAUUUCACUAUAAGGUCUACUACACCUGUUGUAUUCGGCGAACGUGAAAAAUAAACUUUGAUUUGAUUGUAUGUUCGUAAAUUCAGAGCGUUUUACUCCCCUAGCAGACGUCCUAAGGAUCCCGAUUUGCUCAAACCAAGGAUCCCAUAUUUUAAUCUUCAAAUGAAAACCAGUCUGUCAAAAAUUGCUAGCUCACGUUUAAAUUCUCAAACUAAAUACAUACUGCAAUUCCAACCACAAAAUGUCUUCGGUUCGAUUUUAAGCCUCACAAUACACACAUUUGCCUAGCUAACAGCUACAUAUUUGUUUUGGACUUUGUUAUAAUUAUAAUUCUGUUUUCGAGGAUCCACAUGUCAUGGAAAAUACUAAUGUUAUUUCCAAAAACCAAUGAGCAACUCCGCUGGAAAUCCAGCUUCAAAUUGAACGUUGAGAUUGCUGAAAACCAGUUUCUUUGGCAAAUGACAGGAGAGGCAAGAAGUGGAAUGAUAAACAGACUGUUUACCAUUUAUAGUCUGGGUACCAAUCGACCCAUUUGUUAUGUAAGUGUAAAUAAAUUCAGGAGUAAAAAUGUGCUAAAAAAAUCACAUAAUAAGUUGCAUGGACUCAUUCUGUGUUCAAUAAUUGUGUUUAACAUGUUUUUUGAAUGACUACCUCAUCUCUGUACCCCAUACAUACAAUUAUCUGUAAGGUCCCUCAAUCAAGUAGGGAAUUUCAAGCACAGAUUUAACCACAAUGACCAGGGAGGUUUUCCAAUAACUCACAAUGGGCACAGAUUGGUAGAUGUGUACAAAUUAUAAAAGCAGAUGCUGAAUAUCCCUUUGAGCAUGGUGAAGUUAUUAAUUAGGCUUGGGAUGGUACAGUAUAUCAAUACACCCAGUCACUACACAUAUACAGGUGCCCUUCCUAACUCAGUUACCCAUAGAGGAAGGAAAACUGCUCAGGGAUUUUACCAUGAUGCCAAUGGUGAUUCUUUUCUUUUUUUUGACACCACACUCCAAAAAGUUCUGCAGGCUCUAGUUCGGUCUAAUCUUGAUUAUUGUGCAGUCGUGUGGUCCAGUGCUACAAGGAAAGAUCUAGUUAAGCUGCAGCUGGCCCAGAACAGAGCAGCAUGUUUUGCUCUUAAUUGUAAUCAGAGGGCUGAUAUAAAUGCAUGCCAGUCUCUCUUGGUUAAGAGUUGAGGAGAGACUGACUGCAUCACUUCUUCUUUUUAUAAGAAACAUUCAUGUGUUGAAAAUCCCAAAUUGUUUGCUUAAUCAACUUACACAUAGCUCUGACACACACACGUAUCAAACCAGACAUGCCACCAGGGGUCUUUUCAUAGUCCCCAAAUCCAGAACAAAUUUAAGAAAACGUAAUAAUUAUAUAGAGCCCUUAUGGCAUGGAACUUCCUUCCAUCUCAUAUUGCUCAAAUAAACAGCAAACCUGGUUUAAAAAAACAGAUCAAGCAACACCUCGCGGUACAAUGCCUUUCCCCUAUUUGACCUAGAUAGUUUGUGUGUAUGCAUUGAUAUGUAGGCUAUGUGUCCCUUUUAAAAAAUGUACUGUUGAAGUCGGAAGUUUACAUACACCUUACAGGCUGAUCACACCGCUCGCGUCACGUGCGUUGCAAAAUAAAUUUGGAAAUCUAUGUUAUUCAUUUAUUGCACCAACACUGUUCGCGCACGCCAAUGAGCCAACGAGCGUUGCCAUGGGCUAAAAUAGAAAUCAGUUCUAUUUCUGAUGCAGAUCGCGCUGCAAGUCCUGCCUCUCCCAUCCCCUCAUUGGUUUAUAGAAGCAGGUAUCCACGUGCCAUCUCCUCAUUGGUUAUACCCACGUGGGUGACUGAAAGACGAAUGAGGUCAGUGGCGGUAUUGCACCACAUUUCUGAAAGUUGCCAAUCACCAUAUAAAGUCAAGAGAAGAAAAAGCCUGGAAGAAAGAGCGAUAACUAGUAACGAUUCGGUUGACCGUUUUAUGUGUGGAUUAAUUGGCGGAGUAGAGGACCUUGUGCAUUUUAGGUAAAAUAACAACUCAAUGUUUAAAUCCCAGGACAAAUUAGCUAGCAACAGCAAGCUAGCAAAAAUUGAGAAAUUAGCUAGCAAGUGCAAGCUAACUAGCUAAAUUGCAAUAAAUAUUUAAUGCUUUUUGACCUGUCCCCAAAUUAAUAUAAUUGGUUCAGAGUGUGUUUUGAUAUUUUAACCUGCGAUUCGUGAUCGCGUUUGGUGUGGGGGGACAAAAUAAAUGUAUGCACGAUGGAGCACGCGCACAGCCGUUCCGUUGGGUUCCGUGUUAGCCAAACACAUUUAAACUCAGUUUUUCACAAUUCCUGACAUUUAAUCCUAGUAAUUCCCUGUCUUAGGUCAGUUAGGAUCACCACUUUAUUAUAAGAAUGUGAAAUGUCAGAAUAAUAGUAGAGAGAAUGAUUUAUUUCAGCUUUUCUUUCUUUCAUCACAUUCCCAGUGGGUCAGAAGUUUACAUACACUCAAUUAGUAUUUGGUAGCAUUGCCUAUAAAUUGUUUUACUUGGGUCAAACGUUUCGGGUAGCCUUCCACAAGCUUCCCACAAUAAGUUGGGUGAAUUUUGGCCUAUUCCUCCUGACAGUGCUGGUGUAACUGAGUCAGGUUUGUAGGAGUCCUUGCUCGCACACACUUUUUCAGUUCUGCCCACAAAGGGCUUUGUGAUGGCCACUCCAAUACCUUGACUUUGUUAUCCUUAAGCCAUUUUCCACAACUUUGGAAGUAUGCUUGAGGUCAUUGUCCAUUUGGAAGACCCAUUUGUGACCAAGCUUUAACUUCAGGACUGAUGUCUUGAGAUGUUGCUUCAAUAUAUCCACAUAAUUUUCAUUCCUCAUCAUGCCAUCUAUUUUGGAAGUGCACCAGUCCCUCCUGCAGCAAAGCACCCCCACAACAUGAUGUUUCCACCCCCGUGCUUCACGGUUGGGAUGGUGUUCUUCGGCUUGCAAACAUCCCCCUUUUUCCUCCAAACAUAACGAUGGUCAUUAUGGCCAAACAGUUCUAUUUUUUGUUUCAUCAGACCAGAGGACAUUUCUCCAAAAAGUACGAUCUUUGUCCCCAUGUGCAGUUGCAAACCGUAGUGUGUCUUUUUUAUGGCGGUUUUGGAGCAGUGGCUUCUUCCUUGCUGAGCGGCCUUUCAGGUUAUGUCGAUAUAGGACUCGUUUUACUGUGGAUAUAGACACUUUUGUACCUGUUUCCUCCAGCAUCUUCACAAGGUCCUUUGCUGUUGUUCUGGGAUUGAUUUGCACUUCUCGCACCAAAGUGCGUUCAUCUCUAGGCGUCUCCUUCCUGAGCGGUAUGACGGCUGCGUGGUCCCAUGGUGUUUAUAUUUGCGUACUAUUGUUUGUACAGAUGAACGUGAUACCUUCAGGCGUUUGGAAAUUGCUCCCAAGGAUGAAUCAGACUUGUGGAGGUCUACAAUUUUUAUCUGAGGUCUUGGCUGGUUUCUUUUGAUUUUCUCAUGAUGUCAAGCAAAGAGGCACUGAGUUUGAAGGUAGGCCUUGAAAUACAUCCACGGGUACACCUCCAAUUGAAUCAAAUUAUGUCAAUUAGCUUAUCAGAAGCUUCUAAAGCCAUGACAUUUUUUCUGGAAUUUUCCAAGCUGUUUAAAGGCACAGUCAACUUAGUGUAUGUAAACUUCUGACCCACUGGAAUUGUGAUACAGUGAAUUAUAAGUGAAAUAAUCUGUCUGUAAACAAUUGUUGGAAAAAUUACUUGUGUCAUGCACAAAGUAGAUGUCCUAACCGACUUGCCAAAAUUAUAGUUUGUUAACAACAAAUGUGUAGAGUGGUUGAAAAACGAGUUUUAAUAACUCCAACCUAAGUGUAUGUAAACUUACGACUUCAACUGUAUGUAGUUCUGUCCUUGAGCUGUUCUUGUGUAAUUAUGUUCUGUAUUAUGUCAUUCUGUAUUAUGUUUCAUGUUUUGUGUGGAC